AUGCGGUCAGAGUCGUCUCCUCUCUCAUCUGUCUCUCCUCUCAAUCUCGUUAAAAGUAGUUGUGGUUCAGCAAGUGAAACGACUGCAAGAAGAAAUCUGAGAUGGGCAUUCAUCCCCAAAUUCUCGAGUUUGCAAAACGACAAGUAUUCAUCAAGAAGAAGCUUGUGUUUGAACAACAGUGGGAAUGGUGGAAUUACGAAGAAGAACCCUCGAGGGAAUGGGGUCUUUGUGGGCGACAAAGACGGCCUCAUCAUUGUUGACCAUGGCUCACGUCGUAAAGAAUCAAAUCUCAUGCUCAAUGAGUUUGUGGCCAUGUUUAGAGAAAAAACUCGGUACCCAAUUGUAGAGCCUGCUCAUAUGGAGCUGGCUGAGCCCUCGAUAAGAGAUGCUUUUGGUUUAUGUGUUCAACAAGGGGCGGAUCGUGUGAUUUUGAGCCCAUUCUUUCUCUUUCCCGGAAGACAUUGGCACCAGGAUAUUCCUUCAUUGACUGCUGAAGCUGCUAAGGAGCAUCCGGGUGUCUCAUAUAUCAUAACUGCACCUCUUGGCUUGCACAAGCUACUUGUGGAUGUUGUGAAUGAUAGGAUCAACUACUGUUUAAGCCAUGUAGCAGGAGAUGCUAAUGAAUGUGCUGUCUGUGUUGGAACAAACAAAUGCAAGCUCUAUUAG